AUGCAACCACCUCCAACCCAGCAUCCCGGUUGCGGAUGGCGCUUCUGUGACCGAUUCGACAUUCCCACGGUGUUCGUCCCGAACGAUUGGACUAUCACGCCCGGCUACUUCCUUCCGCCCCCGCUGCAGGAGCCUCCACGUCUACUGAUUUCUCACGUCAGAUGCGAAAGCUAACUGCUCGUGAAUCCAUUCAAUUGGAAGUGAAGAAAUCAUGUGAAGAAAAGUAUGCAGAUUACUCGCCUGUGGGCUGCAAUUACUCAUCUGAGCGAGGGGGGUCUAUUGGGCCACCUCUUCUGCACCAGCAACCUGAUAAUUGGGGAAUAAAUUUUUACAUCAGGAUUGAUCACAAGGGAUCUUUCCACACGUAUCCUCAUGUGGGAGGGCCAUUUAAAACCUAAAGGAAGCCAACGAUGCUAUCGCGUUCUAUCUUAUUGCCCGCCAGGAUAAAAACUUGUUGAUGGGGUUAUCUGGUGUGGAGAUAGCUGUACAAAUGGCUCUUUACUUCCCUGAUGGCAGGAGAAGGAAGCAUUUGAGAUCACAACCAAUUGAUAAAAGCCGUGAUUCGGUGCGCCAGUUGGUUGAAGCUUUGGUGGACAAGUAUAACGAGGAUCACCAUCUUUUAGGGGCUUGCUCUCUUUCCCUCUUGUCCUUGAUGCUACCAAUGGCUGCACUUUAUCUCUUAUCGUCCUAUAACUAAUAAAUGCUUGUUGGAUCCAUCCUUCUUUUUUAGGAUCUUGCAUAUGAAUUCAAAGAUAUUGUGUGCUACCAAACAAUUCGUGGGGAAGAGAGGUGCUACCAAACAAUUCAUGGGGAAGAGAGGUGCUACGGACAUAUCAAUUUCAUUGCAAAGGCUAAAGAAGCUGACAAUUUCAACUUCGACAUCGACAAGCUAUUCUUUGCUGAAGUCAUGUAUAAACAAGGAGAAUUGUUUGUCAACUGUUUAUGCAUGGUUAAACAUACUGAUAAUGGUAACUGCUAUGGCUGUAAAAACAAGGGAAGUGCUGACAUGAAGCAUCCUGAUGAAUUGCGUUACAUUGGUGGUCACACGAAUAGUGCAAUUGGUGUGCCUAAUAUACUGCACAGAGACUUUGAGAAAGAGGAAACUGAGGAAGAUUUGGAAGCUGAGAAGGCUAGGUUAAGAUGGCUGUUUGGGGGCUCACAUGAGAUGAAGCAAAAGGGGACCCUUACAAUGAAAGGCCAAGGGGAUAGUCUACGUGAGGCGAAGCAAACGGGUAUCCUGACCAUGGAAGACCAAGGGGAUGGUCUUGGUCAAGCCCAGUUUGAAGCUGAGAAGCCGAAGCGAAUGGGAACCAUUGCCAUGGAAGGCCAAGGGGGUGGUUUUGGUGAGGCGCAGUUGGAAGCUCAGAGGGCUGGUUUAAGAUGGCUGACUGGGAGAUUAGAUGAGAUCAAGCAAGAGUUGACCCUUGCAAUGGAAGAAGGCCACGGGUAUAGUCCACGUGAGGCGAAGCAGAUAAGGACCCUUACCAUCGAAGGCCAAGGGGAUGGUCUUGGUGAGGCGCAGUUGGAAGCUGAGAAGGCUAGGUUGGGACGGCAGUUUGGGGGCUUACAUGAGAUGAAGCAAAAGGUGACCCUUGCAAUGGACGAAGGCCAAGGAGGUAGUCCACGUGAGGCGAAGCGAAUGAGGACCUUUACCAUGCAAGGCCAAGGGGAUGGUCUUGGUGAGGCGCAGUUGGAAGCUCAGAGGGCUAGUUUAAGAUGGCUGAUUGGGAGGUUACAUGAGAUGAAGCAAGAGGUGACCCUUACAAUGGAAGAAGGCCAAGGGGAUGGUCUCGGUCAGUCACACUUGGAAGCUGAGAAGGCUAGGUUGAGACGGCUGUUUGGGGGCUUACAUGAGACGAAGCAAAAGGAGACUCUUACGAUGGAAGGAUGCCAAGGGUACAGUCCACAUGAGGCGAAGCGAAUGAGGACCUCUACCAUGGAAGGCCAAGGGGAGAGGUUGUAUGAAUCAUUGAGGUCCUUUCCAGAGGCCGAGGAGGAUGAUGGGUACGAGGAUGUUGGAUACGCUUACCGUGGGAGGGCGCUGAUCUAGCAUUUUGUCUGGCUGAAUUGUGUAUCUCACCGCCAGCAACCCUUGCUCUUGCUAUUUCCACCUGUUGCUAUUUCUUAUAUUCGUAGGAAGCUAUGGUUACAAGGACUUUUGGAUGGUUCAAUGGUGAUGUCUUCAUGAGCCAUAAGCCUGUGUGGCUGUAAGCGUGCUUUGCUCAUCUUAUCAAGAUUCAUUUCAUCAGAAUAGACGUCUGGCACGAUUGUCUGUGAUUUACACUGUUGGAACAUGAUUAAAAAUAAUAAAUACUCCCUCCUCCCAUAUU